AUGGCUCCAAAGGCAGUUACCAAAAACACAGAAACUUCUUCUAAAAGUUACAAAGAUUUAAUCACAGAAGCAUUAAUCUCAUUAAAUGAUACUAAAAAAGGUUCUUCUAGAAGUGCACUAAAAAAGUACAUUGAGCAAAACUAUGCCAGUAUUUACAGCUCUUCAAGCUUUGACCACCAUUUCAACAAUGCCAUUAAGAAAGGUGUUGAAACUAAAGAUUUUGCUCAACCAAAAGGUCCAUCUGGUUCUGUUAAAUUAGUCAAGAAAACUGACACUGCUGCUAAAAAGAUAAUAAAAAAGAAGGCUGCUCCAGCUAAGAAGGCUACUCCAGUUAAGAAGGCUGUUUCUACUAAGAAGGUUGCUCCAAAGCCAAAAGCUAAGGUUACUACCGCUAAAAAGGCUGCUUCUCCAAAGUCUACUGAUGCUUUAACUUACAAAGAUAUGAUUAGUAACGGUAUUAAAAAUCUAAAUAAUGGUAAAGGUGCUUCUCGUUCUGCCUUAAAGACAUUCAUCAAAGAUACAUAUUUCCAAAAAAAAACUACUAUCAAGCAACUUCACUAG